AUGGCUUCGCGUCUCGCAAGAAGCGCCGUCGGCGCCGCCCGCCUCCGCCCAACCGUCCCCGUCCGCGCCGUUCCCGCGGUCUUCGCCCAGGCCCGCGCCGCGUCCAAUGUGCCGACCGAGGAGCCCAAGAAGAAGGCGCAGUCCAUCAUCGACUCGCUGCCCGGCAACAGCCUCGUCUCCAAGGCCGCCAUCCUCUCCACCGGCGCUGGUCUGUCCGCCGCCGCCAUCAGCAACGAGCUCUAUGUCAUCAACGAGGAGUCCAUCGUCAUGCUGUCCCUCCUGACCGUCUUCUUCGCCGUCGGCAAGUACGGUGGCCCCAUGUACAGACAGUGGGCCGAGGGCCAGAACGACAAGAUCAAGAACAUCUUGAACUCGGCGCGCCAGGAGCACACCCAGGCCGUCCAGAAGCGCAUUGAGAGCGUCAAGGACCUGAGUGGCGUCAUCGAUACCACCAAGGCGCUCUUCGAGGUUUCGAAGGAAACCGCCAAGCUCGAGGCCCAGGCCUACGAGCUCGAGCAGAAGACCGCCCUCGCUCACGAGGCCAAGGUCGCCCUGGACUCCUGGGUCCGUUACGAGGGCCAGGUCAAGGCUAGGCAGCAGAAGGAGCUCACCGAGGCCGUCAUUGCCAAGAUCGAGAAGGAACUCGAGAACCCCAAGACGCUCAAGCAGAUCCUGGACCAGAGCGUCGCUGACGUUGAGAGGAUCGUUGCCCAGAAGGCUUAG